AUGGCCAAAUUGGCCACGUUUGGCCACCCCUGGUCUAGUGAUUCUCAACUAAGUAUUAACAUUGGUGUUUCUGAUAGUUUUGGAACCACUGACAUUAGUGAAAUGGCAGAAGAGGUAGCUGCAGAGAAUAGUGAUAAGGAGAGAGAUACUCUUGAAUCCGGUAGUAGCAGUAUUCAAUUUGCUAUUUCUGAUGGUAGUGGAAUUAGUGAAAUCGUAGCAGCUGUUGAGAAUGUUACUGUAAUGGGCGACAGUAGCAAAUCCAAUGAAAGCUGUGAAACAAUCACUGUUGAAGAUGUGGUAGAACAUGAACAAGUUGAUUUGAAAUGUGUCUCAGAACACGAAUCCAAUUCAUAUUCGGCAACUGAAUUUGACAAAGUAUUUAAUAUUGAUACAACGACUGUUAUGGAAUCACUUGAUACAAAGAGGGUUGUAUCAGGAGAUAAACCAGAAACAGUGAAAGAAUCAAUGGAUUUGAAUGUGGGCAACAAAUCCAUUGAUCAAAAUACAGAGUCAUCUUCAUAUGUUGGAUCAGAAAGAAUGUCAGGUGAGAAUGAAAUAAUUGAACAAUCAAAAGAGACACAUAUCAAAACAUGGGAAGUGAAAAAUAAGACUAGGAAAAUAGUAAUUGCUUCAUCAGAUGGUAACAUAAUAUCAGAGAAUAUUUUGGAUAGAUCUCAGAGAAUACCACAGCCUGAAAAUAGGUCGUGGUUUAGAAGAUACUUUGGAUGCAUUUUAGGAGACUUUUGCGGAUAA